AGAGCUCAGACCCAGAGUGAUGACAUAGCAGCUUUAUAGUUGAGGGGUGUCCACCUCUCCCACUGUUGUUGUCAGCGCUGUGCCACAGAAGUCUGGCAGCCUCCUCUUUCUCCAGAGACUAGUAUACAGCACUUAAUAUUUGAUUCUUGCCCUCAUUUUCUCUGUUGCUCAUUCUUUGGAAUUAAGAAACAAAAGACUUCAAGCAAAGCUUCACCAUACAUUCCUGAGAUGAAGGCCAUUCAACUUCCUAUAUUUGCUUUGCUGGUUAGCAGCAUACUUUGUCAGUAUGACUACAAUGAAUACUUUGGUUACUACAACCUAAUAAAUUUACAGGCCCCAACUUAUCCAGUUUGCUCUGUUGAGUGUGACUGUCCACUAAAUUUCCCCACUGCCAUGUAUUGCAACCAUCGCAAACUUAAAACCAUCCCUUUGGUACCAGCGGAAAUAAAGUACCUUUACCUCCACAGCAACCAGCUCACUGGCAUUCCAAAUAAUGCAUUUGAAAAUGCCACUGGUCUCCAAUGGCUGGUCUUGGAUGACAAUCAGAUUACUAGUGACAACGUAGGAAAGAAUGCAUUCUCAAAGCUAAAAAGCCUGAAGAGGUUGUACCUAAACAGGAACAAUCUGACAGACGUUGUCCGUGGCCUACCAAAGUCAUUAAAGGAACUGAGGCUUUCAUCGAACAGGAUCUCAAAGGUUGGAAACACCUUAAGAGGACUGGAAAACUUGACAACUCUUCAACUCAAUGACAACAAAUUGAAAGAUGUUGGAUCUUUGAGUGGAUUGAAGUCUUUGACAUACCUUGAUUUAAGUGGCAAUCAAUUAGCAAAACUUCCUGAUGAUCCUCCAGAAGGCAUAGAGAUGUUUUAUGUGACAAACAACAACAUCAAAAGCAUUCCAAAGGACUACUUUAACAAGAUAAAAGACCUACAGUACCUACGUAUGUCACAUAAUGAAAUUACAGAUGACGGUAUCCCUGAUAAAAUCUUCAACAUCACCUCACUCAUUGAGUUGGACCUUGCAUACAAUGAUUUGAAGAGCAUCCCGCUUGUUAAUGAAAGACUCGAAAAUCUGUACCUACAGGCAAAUAAAAUUGACAAGUUUACCUUGCAGAGCUUCUGUCGUGUUACUGGACCAUUGGAUUUCUCCAGCAUCAGGCACCUGCGUCUGGAUGGUAACAACAUCUCUCGAGCCAGUGUGCCCUAUGAUCUGAUCCGAUGUCUGCCCCUGGCCUCGGAUAUUACACUUGAUUUUUGAUCUACAUCCACUUAAUUGGGAAGACCUGAGGGCAGACUUUAACACUGUGUAGCUGUCUGUCUUGUCCUCCUGCCUCACCCCCAACCCCGAAUUCCCCAAGGUUUCCCAAUCAGAUUUGUUCACUUGUUAACACAUCAUGUCAUGCAUACUAACACUUUUCGAUCUUAUAUCUUCACAUAACCAUAACUUUUCUACUAGAUUUUCAAACAGCUAAAGAAAACCAACAGAAUUAUUGAAAAGAAAGGAACGUAACAGUAAGUCGAGGUUAAGGGUAAAGCUGCAUAAUGUGGAAAGAAGGUAUUCUUUCAAAAUGGAAGGUAUUUUGGGAUCUUUACAAGGAUACAUUUGAAUCAACCAUCUGUUGUACACAUAUUCAGCAAUAGUCAAAUAAAGCUUGUGAUGAGAAGUUACAAAAAAGAAUAAAUCAGUGAUUGCAAUGCUAAAAUUAAAUCAACUUACUUUCCUGUAUUUUGAGAAUCCUCUUUUGCUCUGUUUUUUAUAAUAGCGAUACAAAUAUUACAAAGGAACUUUUAAAAGAUUCAGCUCUUUUAUAACCAACUAUGUUCUGUGCAAACUUGCCAUUCAAAUUAUGCAGUUCAGAAGAUUUUUCAAAUAAUUCCUCACCAAAAUAUUAUAUUCGUAAGUCCUCUAAAAGAUUAUCAACUUGUACUGACUUAAAUAGUAUCAGCGCUAUCUAUAAUUACUGUAUUAUAGAGUAGGUUUGAAGAAAAACACAUAGGAUCUGUAGAAUGUGGGAGAACAGGAGUUUGAUGGGAUUUAGCAAUUUAAAGCUUGUACAGAAGUUAUUACGAAAUAAAGAUUAACAGUAAACAUUAUUGUAAUAACCAAGUGAGUGGCUUUCUUUCAAUAACUUGCUUAAAUUUACUUGGCUUAAAAAGCUGGCAGUCUUGCAACUUUUAGAUUAGUUUUUCAUAGGGACAAUGAAAUAUUUUAACCACAGCUUGCAUCAUACAUUGUAAAUCAUGCAUGAUCUUUUACCCGUUUUUCUUUGUAUGCAAAUUUGAAGUUUUGUGCAGGAAAUAGAGCAUGGUUAAUUUAGCAGCAGCAGCCAUGGCUGGCUUUAAUUUAUCUGUUGUAUUUUUGGCUUUAGCUGACAGCCUUGAGUCUGCAGUAAUGUCCUUAGUAUGCAACCAUUGUUUACACAGCCAGGUAUGCCACUAGGUUUGAGUUUGUUGGGUCUCUCAAAUACCAGUGCUAUUUGUUUGCAAGGAAAUCUAUCCAACUGUCAACCAGGCUAUAACUUGAGGGCAUCUUUUAGGCUCAGAGUACUCCACCUUUGGGGAAUGAGUGGACAGUUAUCUGACGUUGGUAUGUUACACCAUUAUAAUAAGACACUUGCUUAAGCUGAUCGCACAAUGGUAAUCCUGAUCAACAUGGAAAAACACAGCUGGAAGUGGACUUCACAAGAUCUCCGCCAGGAUGGGAUAGAUGUGGAAUUAUUGAAUUUUAUAAAUCCACAAAAAAGGGUGUUCCAGACAACUGACCUGAAAAAUGUAUCACUUCCAAAUGUAAUGAACUGACCUUGUAGUUUUAACUCUGUACACAACUUUUAUUUUUCUCACAUUAACCAUUAAAAUAUAUCUUCACCUUU